GGAGCAGACGGAGGAGCCCACGGCGUGGGGAAAGGACGAGACCAGCGCCUAGCACCCACAGCGGGACCGCCCCGCGCUCGUCCCGGCUACCUCCCGGCCGCCCCGCGGCCCCGUCGCCACCAUGAGAGCCGCGCGGCUUUUCCUGCUCUGCCUGCCAGCAGCGCUCCUGGUGCAAGGACAGUACAGCAGGUUCGAGGGGCUCACCUACCCCGAGCCGGUGCAGUAUUCCCAGUACGACCAGCAAGCAGAAAUUCAAGAUUACUACGACUACCACGAUGUGACCCCCCGGGCCCCCGAGGAGCAGUUUCGGUACCAAUCCCAACAGCAAUCGCAACAGGAGAUCGUGCCGGCGCCCACCCCAGCCGCCGUGCCCGAGACCGAACCAACGGAGCCGGGACCCCUCGACUGCCGCGAGGAGCAGUACCCCUGCACCAGGCUCUACUCGGUCCACAAGCCCUGCAAGCAGUGCCUCAACGAGAUCUGCUUCUACAGCCUCCGCCGGGUCUACGUCAUCAACAAGGAGAUCUGCGUCCGCACCGUGUGCGCCCACGAGGAGCUGCUGCGAGCCGACCUCUGCCGCGACAAGUUCUCCAAGUGCGGGGUGAUGGCCACCAGCGGGCUCUGCCAGACCGUGGGCGCCUCCUGCGCUCGAAGCUGCGGCGGCUGCUGAGCCCGCGCCGCCGCCACCCACCCCGAGAACGAAAACCCCCCCUCGCCGCAGCUCGACGGCUGGCGUCGCCCUCCACCCUCCUCCUCCUC